CCAGAGUGCAUUGCAUGGUGCCGUUACUAAUGCCAGACUCCACUCUAUGAGGCACAUCGAUCAGCACUGCAGCAUGAAGUUGUGCGUUCCGCGCGUGUGUACAUGGUGCCAUGAGUGCUGAUAAUUCUUGUGCGGACGUAUCAGUCCCUUUACGAAAUGUCCUGAACUCGGUCCAGUGUGUUCGAGACCGAGUAAAAGAUGGGGAGUCCAACGAGUCCAGUGGGAUGUUCAACCUGUCAAACUUUUGGGAUACGCUGACUCAAGCAGUGAAAGCAGCCUCACAGGAAGCCACUAAACUCAGCCUUGCCUUCUCUAAGCCUCCCCUGCCAACACAAGAGGAUGGUGAGAAGCUUGCUGAAUCCAUCCAGAAGAGCGUAUUGGCACUAUCCACUGUCUAUUACUGGUUGCCCAAAAGCCAUGGUAUCACAUUGAGGAGACUGGUGAGAGAUGCCACAGCUGAGGUGCUAGAUGGCAUUGUGCAACUGGUGGACGUCAUCCUCAGUUCCCCACUACAGAGUUUAUCACAGGAACAGCUCCAAUCUACGGGUGGGGUAUGGUCAGCGUGUGACCAGUUUGCACACUUACCAAGAGAUAACCGGGCAGCAGUGCUGGGGGUCUUGGAGUCCUAUAUCGGGGUGGUAAAGGAUGCCAUAGAGGAGAUGGAACAGGCGCAGGCUGAGAGCCAGGACCCAUUCAGUGACGUGCUGGAUGACGAGGACCUGGACGCGCGGGGCAACCAGGACACGUACUGGUCCGAGGAGGACCGCCAGCUCAUUGCGCCCUGCCAGGGCCUGAUGAAAGCAUCCGCCGCCUGCCUGAGGAAGCUGUUGUCCGCCGUCAAGGCCAAUGGCAACGUAAGCAUGCCGGAGUGUGUGGCGCAGCUGGACGACCUGGCCGACAUCGCCAAGGAGGUCAGCCCCAGUGUUGAUGACCUGGCGCUCAGUCUCUACCCACCCAUGGAUUACUCAGGAGUGGAUCAAAACGCAUGUAAACUGACCUUGGUGCUAAAGAAAGUGUUGGAUAUCAUCAGGGCGAGUCACGUGUGUUUAGAAGCAGACCUGAACUGGGUGCAGUUUCUGGACGGGGCCCUGGAUCACAACCUACAGAAGAUCAAAGCUCUGAUUCAAGGCUCCAGCUAGACGAUGAGGGGAGGGUGUGCGUGAGGCGAAUGGAGACAAGGGUGUGCGUGUUUAUGGAGAAAGGAAAGGUGUGCGCAUGUGUGAAGAGGACUGGGGGCCUGAGCUCAAUGGACUGGGACUUUGUUGAAUGUUACAGAAGUGUGUGUACUCCCCCCUUGUGUACACACUCUCUAUACAUCAUUUAGACAGCAGACAUAUUACCAACUUUACUGCAAGCCAAACAUUUGCAAAACAUAAAAAUCUUGCUUCAUGAGUGUAUAAAUAUUUAUAGAUGGAUUUUGGCUUUACGACUCAUAAAGCCAGACGCUUUGCAGAGGCAUAAGCCUGUUUGGAAAGCUUUCUCUAAUCAACAGGCUUGAAUUUACAAAGAACAAUAACAAGAAGAUGCCGUUUGAAUAUACCUCUGUUUUCAUAGCAUUUCUACACUGUCAAACUAUAGUAUUAUACAUUGAGGGAAAGCGAUUUCUGUUUACUUCUGCUGCCCACUUUUUAAUCAUUUGAAUUUUUGCAGAAUAUUGUUCAACAAUUUGACUAUCAACAGUAAUGAAGACCAUGCUAUAAAAUUUGAUUUUUUUAUUAAAUCUCAAUGACCGGCACUAUGUAAAUACAAAAUAAAAGUAACUCGCCUUGCACUCAAACAUGA